GAUCGAUAGCUGAUCUUGAUGAUUUGAUCAUUGACCUGACUGAUCCUUCUGUGACUGUUUCAGUCCCGUGGGACAUUUAUUUUGUCCAAGUGUUUUUUGAAGGCUCCCUGUUUCUGACAGUUACGGUACCGGUCCGGUGGUCUGACAGGUCGGAACACGGAGCUGCUCAUAAAGCAGCAGCGUAUCGAUAAGCGGCAGGUGUUGAUACAUGAUUAUUGACGGCAGAUGGAAGACCGAGUCUCUGAACCCGAGCUGGUUCUGGUUUUCAGUGGGAAACGGAAGUCCGGAAAAGAUUAUGUGACGGACCGGAUCCAGGAGCGUUUGGGGUCUGAUGUUUGCUGUGUCCUACGUCUGUCUGGGCCUCUCAAACAGCAGUACGCUCAGGAACACGGUCUGGACCUGGACCAGUUGCUGGGUCCUGGUCUUUAUAAGGAGCAGUAUCGGGCCGACAUGAUUUGCUGGGGAGAAACUCAACGACGUCAGGACCCUGGAUUCUUCUGUCGCCUAGCAACCAGAGGAGCACAGCAACCAGUCUGGGUGGUGAGUGACGCACGGAGGCUGUCAGACCUUCAGUGGUUCUGGUCGGAGUUUCCUCGACAGACGCGAACUGUCAGAGUUCAAAGUUCAGAAGAAACCAGGAAACAGAGGGGGUGGAGCUUCACUGCAGGUGUAGAUGACGUGGAAUCAGAGCGCGGGUUGGACAGUGGGGUUGAAUUUGAUUGGAUAAUCAUUAACGAGGCCAACGCCCCCUCGUUAGACGAGCAGCUGCAGCCAAUCCUGAGGCUGGCUGAGAAAGCAGCUUCAUCAUCAUUGAUCCAUCAGACCUGAUUUUCACUUAUCAAUAUUCUUAUUGAUUAAUGUUGAUGCUCAGUGUCAGCAGGGCUGGGGAGCUGAUCGCUUUCCUCUCUGAUAAUCAAUAAGUUUUCUUUGUCUAUUCUAGAUGUUAAAAAGGUGUUUGAACAGAACGUUUAAUCAAUACUUACCGAUCAGAAGCGAAGACGAAUUUGCAGCUGUGUCACUCUCACCUGGGCAGGUGUUUAUGUACUGCUGACCUCUGACCUCUUUAAAAUACACUGUCUACCUGCUCAUCACUAAGGUUACAGUCAGCGGGUCCAGUCACAGGCAGUCACAUGACCGACCAUGUGUCAGAGAAACCUGGUUUCUGUGUCAGGUGAACAUGUGCAGAACCAAGACUGAUGAAAGGACCAAUCGCAGAUCUGAUCCUUCCAUACAGACGCUGGUGCAUCAGAGCAGCUUUGUUGUGAUUGGUCGGUUUCCUCGUCAGGUCUGACGAUCAGCUGACGGAGCUGCAGAGUUUCUCCUGGUUCAUCAGGUUCCAGGCUGCGAGUCGAGCCUGGAACGAGCCGAGUCAUUUUUAAUGCAAUGUUUUAACUUUACUGUCAAAUCAAUAAAAAGAAAAUAAAAC